AUGGAUCCAAACCCUGUCGAGAUGAUCAGAGAUGCAUUUUCCUGGAGCAUUUUUGUGACGGAGAGAAGGACUGUCAGGAUGGAUCAGAUGAAGAAGGAUGUGUGCAAUGAUGGCUCAGAUGAGCGUAACUGUCAAAGUGCAGUGGCCACCAAAGCUCCAAGUAAAGUGCUGAAAUGUCGCUAUGGUUCACAGCCCUGUCAGGAUGGCCUGAGGUGUGUCCUCUUGAAUCAUGUUUGUGAUGGGGAAGAGGACUGUCUGGAUGGUUCUGAUGAAGAAGGAUGUGAUGAACAGAGUGGUACUGUCAAAAAUGAAACUCCUGCACCCACCAAAGAAGUUACUCUGCCUCCCAUCAUACCUCCAUGCACCAGCCCUUCAGUUCUGUGUCCAGAUACUACUUUAUGCAUCAAACCAGCCCAGAUGUGUGAUGGAAAGAGGGACUGUCCUGAUGGGUCUGAUGAGAAAUGUGUCAAAAGAUGCUCAUCUGAUUCUGACUUCCGCUGCAAAGACCGUCGAAGCUGCAUCCCAAAGAGCCAAGUGUGUGAUGGGCGUUCUCAGUGUAACGAUGGCUCAGAUGAGCUUAACUGUCUAAGCACGGUGCCCACUGCUGCUCCAAACAAGGUCCUAAAAUGCCGUUAUGGGUCCAAACCCUGUCUCGAUGGUCAGAGGUGCAUUUUCAUGGAGCAUUUUUGUGAUGGAGAGAAGGACUGUCAGGAUGGAUCAGAUGAAGAAGGAUGUGAUGAUGCAGAGUCUGAUAUGGAAAAUGAGCUCUUAAGUAAAUCUCCUGUGCAUACUACAGUAAUGCCCCGUCCCACCAAGCCUCCAUGCACCAGCCCUUCAGUGCUGUGUCCAGGCUCAUCUGUAUGCAUCCCACCAACAAAGAUGUGUGAUGGAAAGUGGGACUGUCCUGAUGGCUAUGAUGAGAAAUGCAUUGAGCAAUGUCCUUCUAAAAGUGAUUUCCGUUGCAGAGACCGUCGGCGCUGCAUCCCGCAGAGCCAAGUGUGUGAUGGACGUUCACAGUGCAACGAUGGCUCGGAUGAAGUCAACUGUCAAAACACAGUGAUCCCUGAAGCUCCUGCUAAAGUCUUGAAAUGCCGCUUUGGGUCCAAAAUGUGUAGAGAUGGAACAUCAUGUGUUCUCCUGAGUCAUAUUUGUGAUGGGGAAUCAGACUGUCAGGAUGGAUCAGAUGAAGAAGAAUGUGGUAUUUAUUCAUAA